AUCCAUCUUAGACGGUCAGACAAUGGAAUCUUGGCCUUGUUGGCCUCCAUCCUUUAUCUCAAACCCUAACAAACGCAUCCAUUCUUUGUCCCAACCCAAUUUACUCUCUUGUAUGGGGGCAGAAAAAGAAACGCCCAAAUAAUUGCAUACACCUCUUCAGUGCCGCCAUGUUUCCCUCACACCAAAACAACGAACUGUCCUUCGAGAUUUCUUCUACUCCGUACCAGGAAAACACAAUUCCACAAGAUCUGAUCCUCAGUCUGCAGGGUCAUUCUACAGUGGAUGGCAUUGACCCAAGCAAGAAGAAUAAAAAUGGAAAAGACCAGCAGCGAAACCCAUGUUUUAGUCACAAGAAAGAUGAGAACUCUGCUGAAAGUAGUACCAAGAGGACCAUGCAUAGAGAGAUUGAGAGACGAAGAAGGCAAGAUAUGGCCACCCUUUACACUUCUCUUAGAAAUCUGCUACCUCUUGAAUAUAUCAAGGGAAAGCGUGCAAUAUCAGAUCACAUCCACCAAACAGUGAAAUAUAUAAAAGACCUGCAAAAGAAGAUUAAAGAACUUAGUGUCCACCGAGAUGAGAUGAAAAACCUAUCCAGUUUGAGGGUUCUUGGCCAUGAGGCUGAGGUUGAGAGGUUAAAUAGCUUUGCACCAACUUCUGUAGUGGUACGCUCAUCUUUUGUUGGGGUUGAGGUCGUGAUCAAUAGUGGCUUUGGGAAGCAAGUUUUGCAUAUUUCAAGAGUACUGCAAUUGCUACUUGAAGAAGGGCUAUCUGUCGUUAGUUGUAUUUCCACCAAAGUAAAUCAAAGAGUUAUCCAUACCAUUCAAUCUGAGGUGAGCUACAUGACAUGCAUUGAUAUAUCUGAGCUGCAAAAUAAACUAAUUGAAGCAAUUCCUUCAACAAGUACUGAAAAUUCCAAUUAAUAAACAAUAUAUCCAUACAUGUUCAUUAGGAAUUAAAUCCUCCAGCACAAAGGGCAUCAUCUGAUUAAUUUUCAUUUCAUGAAAGCUUGAGGUUGGUUCUGUUCAUUUUUGUAUGAAUAUAAAAAUAUUGCACCCAAUCUGUUUGUGAGAUACUGAUUAGCUGGACUGCGACAAUAUUUAGUAUAACAUCUUCAGACAGAAGAUAUAGAAAUAGUGCCAUCUAUUGCACGACCGCAGGAGAUGGUGAUCCUUAAGGGCAUGGUUUCCAUGUUCCCCACACCUGCUUCUGAUAUAUGGAUUAAUUAAUCGAGUAUAAACUCA